GAGCCUUGGCUCGAAAGGGGCGCUCGAGGAGUCGGAAGAGUUGUUUGGCGCCGGCGGGCGCCGAGUUUUGCGCGGCAACGACAUCAGAAGUCGCAAUCGGUCGGGGCGUCCGACCUGGUUCCUGCAGUUUAAGUGAUGGCUCAUGAGGCGAUGGACUGUGAUCUUCAAGUACCAUUAGCUGGUACUACAGAACAGGCUGCUCCAACCGAAGUUACCAGCCAGGGGCCACCUCUCCUCCAGCCUGCCCCAGCUGAAGUGGUCAGCAGCCAAGGAGGAGCACUUGGUCAGCAUGUCCCUGCUGAAGUGGUCAGCAGCCAAGGAGGACUGCCCCUCUUACAGCCUGUGCCACCAGCAUCCAUUGAUUUGACAGAGGAUGCCCAGCUCUCAGAAGGCAAUGUGGAGGCAGUCAAUCCAGGACCUUCAGAAGAGCAUAGACAGGGGUCUGGUGCUAACCAGAGUGUCCGAGCUGCUACGGCAGCUUCUAUGAACAACUUCAUUAGCGGGCUGCAGAGACUUCAUAACAUGCUGGAAUUGCUGAGACCGCCACCUUCAAACCACAGUGUGGGACCAGUGAGAAUGAGGAGAAGAACAGGAUCCAUUUUAAGGGCCAGAAGUGGAGGGUCUCAGAGGCCAGAUGGUGCCAGGUUGAGAACACCAGUGUAUGCCUACUUUCAGGUAAGCAGGUCUCAGCCCUAUGUACCAGCCACUGCUCCUGAUUCACAGACCAGGAAUCCUACAUCAGGAACUGAUUCUGACAGUGAUAGCUCUGCAGAGAAUGAAGAGGUUGUUGUCCAGGCAGAAGAACCUGAAGCUAACAUCCCAGUAGAACACGGAGUUAACUCAGCAGAGCAAGAAGCUACAUCUGUCACAGGAGGUGAAACAGUCCAUGAAGAGAAGUCUCCCCAGAAACCCAACGUUCUAUCUUCUGUGGAUGAUGAAGAAGGGGAAACUUGCACAAUAUGUUUGGAACAGUGGACCAGUGCUGGGGACCAUCGGCUCUCAGCCUUACGCUGUGGGCACCUCUUUGGAUAUAGAUGCAUUUCUAAGUGGCUUAAAGGACAAACACGAAAAUGUCCUCAGUGCAACAAGAAAGCCAAGCACAGUGACAUCGUUGUUCUUUAUGCCCGGACCCUCAGAGCUUUGGACAAUAGUGAACAGGAGCGCAUGAAAAGUGAUUUACUGAAUGAACAAAUGCUCAGGAAGCAGGCAGAAUUAGAAUCUGCACAGUGCCGGCUCCAACUUCAGGUCCUCAUUGAUAAAUGCACCAAACUCAAUAGCCGUGUCCAGGACUUAGAAGCCUUUGUUAUGCAGCAUCAGAAUCAAAUACAGCAACGCAAGGGCUCCCAAGCACUUUGCAAGAAAUGCUUGCCCUCCCACCAGAACCAGCAUAAAUACAGCUUCCAAAAGACCUUUGCAGUAUCUCAGACAGGAAACUGCCGAAUUAUGGCAUAUUGUGAUGUUUUGAGCUGCCUAGUGGUAUCACAACCUUCUCCUCAGACUUCUUUCCUGCCAGGCUUUGGUGUUAAGAUGUUGAGUACUGCCAACAUGAAAAGCAGUCAGUACAUUCCUAUGCAUAGCAAGCAGAUACGUGGAUUAGCUUUCAGCAGUCGAUCCAAAGGCCUUCUACUGUCUGCUUCCUUUGACAACACUAUUAAACUGACAAGCCUAGAAACAAACACUGUUGUGCAGACUUAUAAUACUGGACGUCCUGUUUGGAGCUGUUGCUGGUGUCUUGAUGAAAACAAUUACAUCUAUGCUGGACUGGCCAAUGGUUCAAUUCUGAUAUAUGACCUACGGAAUACAAAUGCCUAUAUACAGGAGUUAGUUCCUCAAAAAGCCAGAUGUCCUUUGGUGUCCCUGUCAUACUUACCCAGAGCUGCUGUGGCUGCAUUUCCUUAUGGUGGGGUGCUGGCUGGAACUUUGGAGAAUGCCUCCUUCUGGGAGUUAAAAACAGACUUUUCUCAUAAGCCUCAUGUGCUUUCCUUGGAGCCAGGGGGCUUUGUGGACUUUCAGACAGAGAGCAACACCCGACACUGUCUCGUGACUUAUAGGCCUGAUAAAAGCCAUAACACCAUACGAACUGUGCUAUUGGAGAUGUCUUACAAACUAGAUGAUGCUGGAGAACCAGUCUGUUCCUGCCUUCCUGUGCAAACAUUCCUUGGGGGCCCCACUUGCAAACUAUUGACCAAAAAUGCCAUCUUCCAAAGCCCAGAGAAUGAUGGUAAUAUCCUAGUAUGUACUGGGGAUGAAGCAUCAAAGUCUGUCCUGUUGUGGAAUGCUGGCAAUGGCUCGUUGCUGCAGGACUUGAAGACUGAUCAACCUGUCUUGGACAUCUGCCCAUUUGAAGCAAAUCAGAGCAAUUAUUUGGCCACCUUAACUGAGAAGGAUGUCCAUUUUUAUAAAUGGGAGUGAGCAUGGUCUUGAGACCCUCCAGACAUGCUGCUGGUUAAUGUUAAGUAUUAUUCUUAGCACCUAGUAGCCCUGAACAAAAUACCUGUUUAUAUGCUGUAACUAGAACUUUUGGAUCAUGGGUUCAUUUGGAUUAGUGUGAUUCUAGGUCACAGAGACACUAAGAUUGUGUAUGCUAUUUGCACCAAAAGAGUACCUUUGUGAAUCUUGCCUGGACCAUUCUUCAUUUAAAUUUUGCAGGUCUUACAGUCCUCUCAGCUGUUAUUUAGGAUCUGAAUAUGCACAUUAUUUUGGGGCUGUGAUACCCAGCCGGCCUGAAUUGUCUUGGGUAGAAUUUGAAUGCUCAACCUUUUAGUAACUUGAUCUCACCCACACCUCUGCGCCAGUGUUUGGCACUUCUUGUGCAGUAUGUGUUGUAUCAACAACAGUUACAUUCCAGGUGUACAUGCCUCCUAGAAUGUUGACAGGUCCAGUGAUGGAGGUGGCUGGUGAGCUAGCUGUAUGUAGAGCCAGUGGCUAAAGCUUGUGUGCAUUAAGUUCAUUGCAUUGUGGGAGGUAAAGAAAAGGACCAGUUGUUGGGGCAAUUGUGAAAGACUUAGCUUUUUCUAGUUAGCUUAGAAUCCUUAGGGGUUUUUAUUCCCCACUAAGCCAGUGGUUAAGGACAUACAGUUCCCAGGUAAAGGCUUCCUUUCCUGUGUGUGAAAUGUCCGAUUCUAAGUUCCUUUGAUUUGCCUUCCAAUAAUUUCUGCAAGUGUUGUUAAUAAAGUGAUUAUUCUCAGGAAGGUAGUAGACCUGGACCUGUGGAUGACAGAAAGGAAGACACUUAGGACUUGUAUUCUGCUGGUCCUGAACUGUCCAGCAUCUAGAGUUAUGCUCAGGUUACAUCUGUCUGCUUCGCCUUAGGCUACUCCAUUAAACCACUGCCUCUAGAACACCUUGUCUCAAGGUGCAGACACCAUGGCCGGUUGCCUCAAAUAUUUGUUGGGGAGGCACUAUCCUGUCCUUUUUAGUAAAAGUUCUGUCCUACGUGUCAAACUCCGGAGCUGUUUUAGAUCUUUAUUACCAGCAGGGAACUGUUAAGGUUAAUUUUCCUAGACUUCGAAGUUGUGGCUAUAUGCAUUCAAUGAAGCCUUCUAUUUGAAGAUACUUAGGGGUUUUGGCUUUGUUUUAAUUUUAAAGCUUUAAAAAUGUCGGCUUCCACAGCUUGGGGAAAAAGCCUCCCUCUUUCCCACGCUUUUAAAAGUAGCUGCCUAGACCUGGAGCUUCAGGGGCAGGAUAGGACUUAAAUUAGAUAGAACUCAGGUAACUUCAGCAGAUGGCCACAGAGAAAGUGCUGGGUGUCAGGUUGGUCUGGGGCAGGGUUAGAAUUUGACUUGCCUUGAAGAAUGUUUAACUAAGGCUGACUGGUUAAGUUUACUACCACAGAAGCUAAAAUAAAUAUUAAGUUUUGCCACAUUUUGCAUUUCCACAGUAAAUUUGGCCAGGGCCUCACACUUGUUGAGUUUUUGCUCUGCUGCUGAGCUGGAUCAGAAACCCAAAUCUGAUUUGGAAGCAGAUUCACAUGAUGGACUUCCCCUCCCCACCCCUACUUGCAGGAACCUUCGUCUCUAGACCCAGACUCUAAUCUUCUUAGCACCAGCAGGAUGUUUGUUUUUAAAUACUAUCAUAAUACUUUGGAAUUUCUGAAUAUUUGCUGUGUUCCAAUGUUUGUUGUAAUGUUAGCAAAAUAAAGGAUUUGCCAUGGAUAACACAAA